UACCAGCAGCCUAGCCUCAAGUUAGAUGUCAGAAAACUAGUACUUGUAGGGAACAGGGCAACAGAAACUCAUCAAAAACCUCGGUAAUUUGCAUUUUUUUUGCGGCAUACCAAGGCAACUUCAAAGCCGGGAUGCCGAGGAAGAAGCCGUUCAGUGGAAAGCAGAAGAAGAAGCAGAUUCAGGAGAAGCGCGACCGCAAAAAACCGGAGGGUUCUGGACAACGAACAAAUGCAGCUAUUUCGCAUCGCUCCCGCCAGCAGAGCUACGAGUUGAACAGCAGUGAAGAGGAGCGCGGGUCAGGCUCGGACACGGAGUGUGCUGCCGGGGCCGGUAUACCAGAUGUCAACAAGUUGAACCAGCAGCCAAUCAGCAACAAGAAGCAGCAUGACCCCAACAGGUUCCGUCUGCAUUUUGAGAAGGAUUCUAGAGCAGAGGUGGAGCGAAGAAAGAAGCAAUCUAUGCAGCCAUUUGAGAUACUGCCUGAGGAAGCCUUGGAGGUAGAUCUAGGGGACAUCUACCAGCCUGGCUCGGUCCUAGACAUGCCCAAGAGACCCACCUGGAAUUACAGCCUGAGCAAGGAGCAGGUGGAGGCAAGAGAAGAGGCAAUGUUCCAGGAAUACCUACACAAUAUCUUCAGCAAGUACUCCUCCAGACAACUCAGCUACUUUGAAAUAAAUUUGGAGACUUGGAGACAGCUCUGGCGAGUCUUAGAGAUGUCUGACAUCGUCCUCCUCAUCACUGACAUUCGGCACCCAGCUCUCCACUUCUCCCCGGCGCUCUAUGACUACGUUACUAAAGAGCUGCGACGCCAUCUAAUCCUGGUCCUGAACAAGAUAGACCUGGCCCCGCCGUCACUUGUCGUGGCCUGGCUGGCGUACAUGAAGGAGCGCUUCCCUGAUGUUCAUGUCGUCCGCUUCACCUCGUUUCCCCGGGAGAAUCUAACACCCAACAGCAUCGAUCCGGGAAAGGUGUUACAUCGCAAGAGACGGAAAGGUGCCUAUACUGCAGUGGGUCCUAUGCAACUACUCAAAGCCUGCCAGACUGUUUGCCAAGGACGAGUGGACUUAAGCAGUUGGAGUGAAAAGAUAGAGGCGGAGCUUAGAGGAGAGGAGGGACUGGCAGCCAAGAUCAUUGAGAGCACCGAGGCCGAGACAGUACCCGACACCAGCUUCUCAGAGCACACAUUCUUCAGGGAUGGGGUGCUGACGAUAGGAUGUGUAGGUCAUCCCAAUGUGGGUAAGUCAUCGCUGAUGAACGGUCUGUGUGGCCGGAAGGUAGUCAGUGCAUCGCGCACGCCAGGCCACACCAAACACUUCCAGACAAUCUUCUUGACACCCACCGUCAAGCUGUGUGACUCCCCUGGAUUAGUGUUUCCCUCAUUGGUGGAUAGACAACUGCAGAUUCUCUCAGGCAUGUUUCCCGUAGCACAAGUCCAGGAACCAUACACAGCCGUGGGCUACCUGGCACAGAGGGUCAAUCUCAUACCCAUUCUUAAGAUUAAACAUCCACUGUACGGGAGCAAACCCAAGGAGGGAGAAACGGAAGAAUGGUCAGCAUGGGAUAUAUGUGAAGCAUGGGCUGAGAAGCGAGGGUUCAUGACCUCCAAAGCAGCCAGGCAUGAUGUCUACCGGGCAGCUAAUAACCUACUACGAUUGGCUGUGGAGGGGAGGCUGUGUCUAUGCAUGAGACCGCCAGGCUAUACCAACCAGAAAGAGCAAUGGGAGCAACACCCAGAGACCCUGGAGAUUUCCAAGAUCCAGGAGCAGCACAAGCAGCUCAAUCCAGAGGAAAUUGACCAAUCAGAGUUCACCAGCUCCGGGGGCGAGGAGAGCGACGCUGACAUCGAGAGCAACGAGGUGGAACGAGACACGGACACCCGCAGAAGACGGAGACGGAAGGCAAGAGAAGACUCGGAGGGGGACAGGCUCGUAGCGACUAGUAAUAAAUUUGCACUGCUGUCUGCUGAGUGAUGACAAUGAUGCGUCAUCGUGGAGAUGGCGAAGGGAAGAUGCACAGAUUGAUGUGCAAUGAGGCAGAGCAAUCAUCAGUGAAUGGUGAAGUAAGCAGCUUGGCUUACAUUGUACUUCACAAGUGAUGAUGCAAUGUUGAAGGGAAAAUGCACCAAGGGACAGUGACGAGUAUGUUUGAAUGAACAGGAAAUGAAGGAAUAUGUUUGUGUUGAAUGGAAGGUUGAGUUUGCAACGUUUACUGGCUGGAGAUGGUUGGCGGAAAGGGACAAGGUGUCUUUAAUAAAGAGAGAGAUGGGAACCACAUUUGUUGAGGGAACAUUUGUUUGAAUUUCCAUCGCUCGCUGUCAAGAGAUGAUGCAGUAUGGUGCCGUAGAUGUCCUUUUGGGAGCAGGAACCAACACUGAGAAUGGAAUCGAGAUAAGACUUCAAAAAGUCAAUCAAGUUAUUUGCUGGCACUAUAGAAGCACCCACCUUCCUUUAGCUAUGUAACAUAUUGAAUUGAUUGACUUCACCAAGUGCCAAUCUUGCAUACAGACAUUGGCUUUGAUUUGUUGUUGUAAUUAACACUUGAAUUGGAAUCAUUAUCACUCUUGCCAAAGGAACUUUUGUUGUGCUUGUGUUCCUAAGUUGUGAAGCAGAUAGUUUAACUUUUCUUUAUUUCUCUGAACUGAAUUCUCCAUGCUUGUUGAUAACGAUGGGGUCAGUGUUAUUUUCAAUCCAUUAUAAAGUAUUCACAGAUUUUGAGAUUUUAAAUGUUCGUAACAAUUUUUUGCCAAUUAGCACAGGACAUGAUUGUCAAGCACAGUUGGAAUAUAAGGUGCAUUUAUAACAAAAUGGGGUGCUGAUAAGAUACUAAAGAGCUCAUGUGGAAAUAUGCAAAAAAAAUGGAAGAGGGUGAUACUUUUUGACACCUUUAUUUGUGUUCGUUCAGUCUGGACACAGGAGCAGAGUUGAGACAUACUCGCACGUACACGUUGGCAAGUGAAAAAUGCAUGAAUUUCUUAGGACAAAUUUUCAGCUGAAUCAGCCAAAAUUGUAGCAUGUUCCCUUGAGAGAAGCGCAACUGAACAAUUGCAACAUGGCGCAAAUGCAUUGAUUGUUAAUCAUAAACAGUAAUAUAAUACAUUUUUUCUGGCAGUAUUGUUGUACAUGGAACCAUAUCGCAUAACAAAAAUGCAUAGAGGCACAUUGUUUGAUAUCGGACACUGUUCAGCACAGCUAAUGAACUAGGGCAGGGAUUUCACGACCCACUCUAAAUUGGUAUGGCUAGGCUUGGUUAUUCCAGCUUUAAUAAGCUGUGCAAUGCAUUUAUGGGUAGUACGGGAACCAGGUACCCUUAGUGGAGUAAAACAAGGCUACCCGGGUACCCGUAAAAGAAACCCAACCCCAACAUUCAAAUCCUGGGAGUUGGUAACGAUAACACUGCCAUAUGGGUGCAUCAUGCAGCAAGAUACAAGUGUGUACAGUACAGGUAAAAGCAUUUGCAACUUAAAGAUGCAUAUAAACGUGAAAUCUGUUGUAUACAAAA